AUGGAUGUUACCCAUGUUCCAGAGUUUGGCCACUUGAAGUACCUUCAUGUCACUAUUGACACAUUCAGCCACUUCAUAUGGGCAACUCCCCAGGCGGGAAAAAAGGCAGUCCAUGUAAUCUGUCACCUGACGGCCUGCUUUGCUGUAAUGGGAGUUACUGGGGGGCUCCGCAAUAUUUUGCAGCAAUUGUUGGGAAUUGGCUACGAGAGCGUGGACCAAGCAUGUGAAGGAAAAACAAAAAUGAGUAUGAAAGCAGGAGCUAACGCAGAGAAAAAACUUGGUGAGAGUGAUUAUGAGCAAAAAGAAUUGGGGAAAGUGAGAAAGUAUAUACUCCAAAAGAAGUUUCAUUACAGGCAGCAGAAAGGCAAGCAGUCGCUCAGAGUAAAUGAUGUUAGUGACAGGGAACAAUAUAAUGAAGAAUACUUGGAUGAUGGUACUGAAGAAAGGUUUUAUAACCAGAUGUCAGACUAUGAUAGUAAUAGCAAUCAUGAUUUCUUCUUUGGCAAAGUAAAAAGAAAGAAAAAUAUAGCAGCAGUUAGUAACCUUUCUUCAAUAAAGGAAAAGAACAGACCAGAGAAAACAACACUGAAGAAAGAAAAGAACACAAUGCCUAGGACGAUGCAAGAUUUGAUAGAGAACAAGCUACAUGCAGAAGCAAGGAAGUUAGAAUCAAUGUUCUGCAGUUCGCUGUCUACCUCUAAUCAGAAACCUCACAAUAAAAGUAGAAAUACUGAAGACCAGCCUCUCAAAAACAGGAGAACAGGUCUGUAUAAAAAGGUACCACGGGUCAAGAAGCAUCAAUUUGCUGAAGUUGCAGGUACUAAAUGGAAAAGUAAAAAAGCAUGUUUGGAGCAGCCUUUUCAUGCUUCGUGGGAAGCAAGCAAGAAACAUCAGGGCCAAAUGUCUCAAAUUACAGUGUUCCAAGGGAAAAGGAUUACAUUUGAUGACUAGACUUUAUGUAAACUCAGAUUUUAAAAGAAAAUUCAUGUAGAUUCGCAUCUGGUGAUAUUUUCUUAUGGAGCAACAACU